AACGCGGAACUACAUGAAACAGUGGAGCAUGUCUGCAAUCUUCAAACCUGUGAGCCAUGUCAUUUUUGAUAUGGAUGGAUUAUUAUUAGACACAGAGCGCCUGUACACUGUGUCCUUCCAGGAAAUCUGUGACCGCUAUGACAAGCAGUACACAUGGGAUGUGAAGUCGUCAGUGAUGGGGAAAAAGGCUUUGGAAUCUGCCCAAAUUAUUCGGGAUGCUCUGGAGCUUCCAAUGACAGCAGCAGAACUCCUUGCUGAAACCAGGCAGAUACAAGAAAGAAUUUUUCCCUCUUGCAAUCUCUUGCCGGGUGUGAAGAAGCUGGUGCACCACUUGAAGAAGCAUAAUGUUCCCAUGGCAGUGGCAACCAGCUCAGCAGGUGUAAUGUACAAGUUGAAGACGAGCCAGCACCAAGCCUUUUUCAGUCUAUUUGACCACACUGUUUUUGGUGAUGACCCUGAAGUGAAGAAUAGCAAACCUUUUCCAGAUUCAUUUUUAAUCUGUGCCAGCAGAUUCAAACCUCCAGCCUCCCCAGAGAUGUGCUUGGUGUUUGAAGAUGCUCCCAAUGGUGUAAAGGCAGCUCUGGCUGCAGGGAUGCAAACGGUGAUGAUUCCUGACAACAACCUGGACCCUAGCCUUACCCAGGAGGCCACACUGCUACUGAAGAGCAUGGAAGAAUUUCAGCCUGAGCUCUUUGGCCUGCCUGCAUAUGAGUGAGCCCUCAAACCCGGAAUCACUCCUGUUAACUGAGUUUUUGACAAAUAUCUCAGUCUUAGAAUAGAGCUAGAGACAGACUGAACUACACUGACUCGUUUUCUGAUCUUUUAAGCAAAUAUUGAAUGUGUUCGUUACAAUUAAUGGCACUUAAAUGUUAUGUCACAUCAUCAAUAGUGUGCUGGCAUAUAGGCUAUUGUAAUUUUACCCAACUCUUCUGAAUUAUUUUUCUGAAUAUUUAUAUCACAUUCAAAUAUUUUGAUUGUUUCAUCUCUCAGUGCAUUAUUUUUUCCCACACUGUGUGCACAUAUGAAAAAAAAUGUAACACCUUAGACCCAUUCUGUACCUGGAUUAGUGUGUACUGUUUUGUUAAUGCUGAUAAUGUAUGUGUGUGUGCAUGCUUGAUGUGCGUGCCCUGUCACAGAGUAAGAGGUUUAAAUAAAUGAUAGUAAAUUUUGUGCCAUUUAAA